AGGGGGAAGUGUGUGGGUUUUGUGGGGUAGGGGCUAUUUGUGUGCAGAAGGCGAGUUUGAUUUGUUUCGUAUUCUCUGUAUCGAGCUGUAUAUGGCCCGUUCACUUAGUAUCAUUUGGCCCAGUGUGUGGGCAUCUGGAUUUGGGUUUUUGGUGGUUAGGUAUGUGGGAUCCAUGUGGUGGGACAUUUCUUAUCCACAUAACCCCACUUCUCUUCACCACCAAAACUCGCAGUCCACUGGAAGGAAAACAGCCAUCCCUGUUUCUCUCCUCCACAACCCCCACCUCACCAAAAAUCUGCCAUGGCCGCCUCUUUGCUCGUUCUCAUUUCCGGUUCAGGAUCCAACCUGCAGGCGAUCAUUGAUGCUACACAAUCAGGCAUACUCAAGGACAAGGCCGUGGUGAAACACGUCCUUUCGAACCGCAAAAAAGCGUUUGGUUUGGAACGUGCUGCUAAGGCCGGCAUCCCCACGUCCGUCCACACGCUGUUGCCCUACAAAAAGGAGCAUGGUGAUGAAGAGGGAAGACGUCUUUUCGACGAGGAGUUGGGCCGUCAGUUGGUCGAGCAUAACCCUUCGUUAAUUGUUUGUGCCGGAUGGAUGCACAUUUUGUCGCCUAUUGUGCUGAACCAACUCUCCGCUCACAACAUUCCCAUCAUCAAUCUUCAUCCUGCUCUGCCUAAUGCCUUUAACGGAAUCCAUGCCAUUGAGCGUGCUUACGAAGCGAGCCGUCAAGGCAAGAUCAACGAGACAGGCUGUAUGGUUCACUGGGUGAUUGCUGAGGUUGACGGAGGCAAGCCCAUUGCCAUUCAACGCAUUCCCAUUACUCAAGACGACACUGUCGAUUCUCUUGAGGCCAAGAUCCAUGCCGAGGAGCACAAGCUGCUUGUUCAGGCCAUUCACGACAUCGUUACCGGUGCCGUUCCUCGUCCUUAAGGAUCGCUGCAGAUCUUUUCUGAGUUUGUGGAGAUCCACGUUGCAGAUCAUGUUUAAGCAGUGAUCUUCACUACUCUCAUUGCAGUCACCACCAUUUUUGUUUACCCCCUCUCGUAGAUGAAUAUAGCGAAAUUUUGUGAGUGUUCUGGCGUCGCCGUAAGCAUUUUAGCGAUUGA